AGUAUUCAGAUAAGACUUUUUCGACUAUAAAUAAGCCACUUUAAUUAAUCGGGAUCUUCAGUCUCUUCGUAAAAAUGAAGAUCGCAACUUUUUUGAUUUUGGCCUUUUUGGCUCUAUCCAAUGCCAACGUAACGAAAGACAUUCAUCCAGCUGCUGGUUUAAGUUUUGUAGAUAUGGUCGAAUUUUAUGGUUACCCAAUCGAAGUACAUGAAGAUAUCCAAACUGAAGAUGGUUAUUUAUUAACAAUGCAUAGAAUCCCACACGGAAAAUCGAAUGGCGAUCAAAAAGAUAAAAAAGUAGUUUUACUAAUGCAUUGCUUAAUGUGUAGUGGAGCAGUUUAUGCGGUUUAUGGACCAGAGAAUGGGCUUGCUUUUAUUUUGGCUGAUCAAGGAUACGAUGUUUGGAUGCCGAGUGCCAGAGGAACACAAUUUUCAAAGAAACACAUUACUUUAGACCCUGAAGAUGAUGCCGAUCAAUUUUGGAAAUUUAGUUGGCAUGAAAUUGGUUAUUACGACAUUCCAGCUUUUAUAGAUUACAUCCAAGAACAAACCGGUGUUGAGAAAAUGUCUUAUCUUGGUUAUUCUCAAGGAACAACUACUUUUUACGUUUUGGCAUCAUCACGACCAGAAUAUAAUGAUAAAAUUAACGUUGCAAUUUCUUUAGCACCUAUUGGUUAUAUGGGGAAUAUGACCGAUUCCUUCUUACGAUAUCUUUCGGAAUAUAUAGACGCUUUAAAUGAGUUACUCGACAUGAUUGGUUGGCAUGAAUUUGUACCAAAUUAUGAAUUAAUGGGACCUUUAAUGGAAUGGUGCAAAGGAAGUGGACAACAACUUUGUGAUAACAUUUUCUUUUUGAUAUUUGGACAAACUAGUGAAGAUAUGGAUGAUAAUUGGGGGCCAGUUUUUGCUACCCAUUUACCUGCUGGCGCUUCUUCAAAACAAUGGGUUCAUUAUGGUCAAGGAAUCCAAUCAGGAUUUUUCCGUCGUUUUGAUUUCGGAUUAGUUGGCAAUUUAGCUGAAUAUGGUUCUGUAACCCCUCCAAAAUAUGAUUUGGGCCAAAUCACUGCACCAACUGCUUUCUUAUAUGGAGAUAAAGAUAGCAACGCUAAUGUUGUGGAUGUUGAACAAUUACUUAGAGAACUUCCCAAUGUGGUUUUUGAAAAACUCGUCGAAGGAUACGCCCAUGGUGAUUUUAUUUUCGCUCAAGAUGUUACAGAAAGAGUUAAUGAGCAUGUUGUAGAAAUAUUAAAUAAUUAUUAAAGAUAAUUUCAUUCAUAAUUUUAGUU